ACAAACUCCGAGUGGAAGAGAAACAGACAUCAAAGCAGCAGAAGAACGAGAAAACCAACUGCAAUGUUUCGUGGUGCUCACUUUUUUUCUUGAAGUCGCACCGAAUAACCUAUAAUCGGAAGAAGGUUGCGGAAGACGCCGCCAAUGACUAUCACCGUGGCGGUGGCGGCGGUGGUGACAGCUUCGGUUCCUGUCCGCGCACCAUGCGCUAAGCGAGUAGUGGCCGACAUGGUUCCGAACUGGGGGAAAAAACCAAGGCAAAAACAGCAGAAAGUGCGGGUUCUAGGCGAUUUUAGUCAUUUUGGGGAUGCGGUGCGCAAGGACGUGGAGUUCUUGAAGAAGGGGAUCAGGAGAGGGAUGGAGUGGGCGAACGUGGCGUUCCGUAUCCCUCAGGUCACUAAAGCAGUAGAUGACCUCGUUUGGCUUCGAAAUCUCGAGGAUCCUAACUUCUCCAUGGACUCCGAGCCUCCAUCAUGGCCCCAGCCGUACUAUCCAGAACUCUCUAGUUUGGAUUUGCUCAUGGCUGAUCUCAAGGCCUUGGAGGCUUAUGCUGUUUAUUUCUACUAUUUAUCAAAGAAAUGGUCGAAGCCACUUCCUGAAAGCUAUGACCCUCAAGCGGUUGCUGAUUACUUCAGUUGCAGGCCUCAUGUGGUGGCUCUUCGACUUCUUGAGGUCUUCUUGUCCUUCACCUUUGCUGCAAUCAGAAUUCGGAUAUCAAGUUCAGAUAAGGGUGUUGAUGGGAACAUUUCACAGUACAACUUUGGAAUGGUGCUAAAAGAAACAGUGCUGAAGCUUGGUCCCACUUUUAUCAAAGUUGGCCAGUCCCUUUCAACAAGGCCAGAUAUCAUUGGUGCUGAAAUUUCAAAGGCAUUGUCUGAGUUACAUGAUCAGAUUCCUCCCUUCCCCAGGACUUUAGCUAUGAAAAUUGUUGAAGAAGAGUUAGGUUCUCCUGUCGAAUCAUUUUUUAGCCAUAUCUCUCAGGAACCUGUAGCUGCUGCAUCAUUUGGUCAGGUCUACCAAGGAAGAACUCUUGAUGGUUCUAAUGUUGCCAUCAAAGUUCAACGUCCUGAUUUGCAUCACGUGGUUGUACGAGAUAUCUAUAUUAUACGCCUUGGGCUAGGGCUGCUGCAAAAGAUAGCCAAGAGAAAAAGUGACCUUCGUCUAUAUGCUGAUGAGCUUGGGAAGGGUUUUGUUGGGGAACUGGAUUACACAUUAGAGGCUUCCAAUGCUUCUGAGUUUCUGGAAACCCAUUCUCGCUUUACUUUCAUGCAUGUUCCAAAGGUAUUUCACCAUUUAACUCGAAAGAGAGUUUUGACCAUGGAGUGGGUGGUUGGUGACAGUCCAACUACUUUACUCUCACUAACUACUGGUAAUUCCAUUGAUCAUGGCCAUAUGAAUUCUGAGAGACAAAUAUUUGAAGCAAAAAGGCGUCUUCUUGAUCUGGUUAACAAAGGAGUGGAGGCAUCGCUUGUUCAGCUCCUUGAAACAGGCUUGCUACAUGCUGAUCCACAUCCUGGAAACUUGCGCUACACAGUGUCAGGACAAAUAGGGUUUUUGGACUUUGGUUUGCUCUGUCGGAUGGAGAGGAGGCAUAAGUUUGCUAUGCUUGCUUCCAUUGUGCAUAUAGUAAAUGGUGAUUGGCAAUCCCUUGUUAAAGCUUUGACUGAAAUGGAUGUUGUAAGGCCAGGAACCAAUAUCCGGCGUGUUACCAUGGAUCUAGAAGAUGCCCUGGGUGAGGUAGAAUUUAAAGAUGGGAUUCCUGAUGUGAAGUUCAGUAGGGUUCUGGGUAAAAUAUGGUCUGUAGCCCUCAAGUAUCAUUUCCGCAUGCCACCCUAUUACACCCUUGUCCUCCGUUCUCUUGCUUCCUUGGAAGGUUUGGCUUUAGCUGCAGACCAAAAUUUUAAGACAUUUGAGGCUGCAUAUCCUUAUGUUGUCCAGAAACUUCUCACUGAAAAUUCAGCUGAAACGAGGAAAAUUUUACAUUCGGUGAUUUUUAGCAGAAGGAAGGAAUUUCGUUGGGAGAGGCUCAACCUUUUCCUUAGAGUAGGUGCAACUAGGAAGAGUUUGCAGAAGUUGGUAGGGUCAAGCUUUGAAACUUCCACCGUGUAUGCUACAGAUAGAACAAAUGGUGUAUUUGAUGUUGCAUAUUUGAUGUUGAAGCUUUUACCAUCUAAAGAUGGUGUUGUGCUGCGUAGGCUCCUAAUGACUGCUAACGGAGCUUCAUUAGUACGGGCUAUGGUUUCCAAAGAAGCAGGUUUCUUUCGUCAUCAACUUUGCAGAAUCAUUGCUGACGUACUGUAUCAAUGGAUGGUUGUAGCUCUUGGACUUGGUGCGAGAGCAACCCAGUAUAGCUCCCAGGUGAGACUGGCUGGUGGCUCUGGCAACAUAGAGGUAGGUCCAUCUUCUCGAUUAUCCAAUCCCAACUAUGACUAUCAAUCCCUCUUGAGGGAUAGACGAUUCAAGGUGAUUUUCUUGAAGAUCUUGGACUCAACUAGAAAGGAACCAAUGUUGAUGUUAAGGUUUUGCUGGGCCUCUUUUGUGAUGUUCAUCACAGCUUCUGCCCUGGCAUGUCAUCGGCUACUAAUCUCUUUGUCUGAAACCUUCUUGGGACCGGUAUCACUCACUCCCAAGCGACUUGCAAUGAGCACAUGAAACUCUACUACCAUCUCAUGGAAACAGAUGUCAUUUCGAUGAAGUCAUGAUACGCAUAGUCACGUACAUCUUUGGUAUGUAUCAAAAGUUGGUCGUGUAAACGACCCUAGCAAUUCGCUAGUCACACAUAGUAAUAGUAUGAAUCAAGGAUCAGUGCACUUGAAAGUCAUCUACAAUUCUACAUCGGCGGACUUGUAAAUAGCCAAAGGUCUGUACGUAUUAUCAAUCUAGUAGAACUACAUGUAAGCCCAGCAAAAAUUGCAGUUUUAUUUUUAUUUUUUUUGGUUAAAAGGGUUUGUAGCCAAAAGAACCAAAAGAAUUUGACUGGUCAUAAUGUUUAUGAAGAUUUAUUCUUUAAUGUAGAAUCAAUGGUUAAUUUCCAC